GUGUUGUCAGUGCUUAAGAUGCUGUGGAAGGAGAGACCCGAGGCCUCGUACUGUUUGGCUUGGCCAUCCAGAGAAGAGAGACCAGAGAUACCCUCGCAAUGUUAUCAACAAUCAGAAGUACAACUUUUUUACAUUUCUCCCUGGGGUGUUGUUCAACCAGUUCAAAUACUUCUUCAACCUUUAUUUCUUGCUUUUGGCUUGCUCUCAAUUUGUCGUUGAAAUGAGGCUUGGUGCACUUUACACAUACUGGGUUCCUCUGGGAUUUGUGCUUGCUGUUACUGUCAUCCGAGAGGCCGCGGAGGAGAUCAGAUGUUACAUGCGCGACAAGGAAGUGAACUCGCAGAUCUACAGCAAGCUCACAGCGAGAGGGACUGUGAAGGUGAAGAGCUCUAAUAUACAAGUAGGCGACCUCAUCAUUGUUGAAAAGAACCAGCGGGUCCCUGCUGACAUGAUCUUCCUGAGGACAUCGGAGAAGAAUGGAUCUUGCUUCCUUCGCACUGACCAGCUGGAUGGUGAGACAGACUGGAAACUGCGGCUGCCUGUUACCUGUACUCAGAGGCUGCCAACUGCUUCUGACCUACUGCAAACCCGAUCCUAUAUAUAUGCAGAAGAGCCCAAUAUUGAUAUACAUAACUUUGUGGGGACCUUCACAAGGGAGGACAAUGACCCUCCAGUAAAUGAAAGUUUAAGCAUAGAAAACACCCUGUGGGCCAGCACAGUGAUUGCAUCAGGUACUGUUGUAGGAGUUGUCCUCUAUACUGGAAGGGAACUGCGCAGUGUGAUGAAUACUUCAAACCCAAGAAGUAAGAUUGGUCUUUUUGAUUUGGAAGUGAACUGUCUUACCAAGAUCCUAUUUGGGGCCCUCGUGGUUGUCUCACUUGUCAUGGUGGCCCUUCAGCACUUUGCCGGCCGCUGGUAUCUUCAGAUCAUAAGAUUUCUCCUUCUGUUCUCAAACAUCAUUCCCAUUAGUUUACGUGUGAAUCUGGACAUGGGGAAGAUUGUCUACAGCUGGGUGAUCCGCAGAGAUUCCAAAAUCCCUGGGACUGUGGUUCGGUCCAGCACUAUUCCUGAGCAGCUGGGGAGGAUAUCCUAUUUGCUUACAGACAAAACAGGAACUCUUACGCAGAAUGAGAUGGUCUUCAAGCGACUUCACCUGGGAACAGUAGCUUACGGCCUGGACUCCAUGGAUGAAGUACAGAGCCACAUAUUCAGUAUAUACACACAGCAAUCUCAGGAUCCACCUGCUGCGAAGGGCCUUACCUUGGCCACCAAGGUGCGUAAAACCAUGAGCAGCCGAGUGCACGAGGCAGUGAAGGCAAUUGCGCUGUGCCACAAUGUGACACCAGUGUAUGAGUCUAACGGAGUGACAGACCAAGCUGAAGCUGAGAGACACUAUGAGGACUCCUGCAGGGUGUACCAGGCCUCCAGUCCUGAUGAGGUGGCCCUGGUACAGUGGACAGAGAGCGUGGGCUUAACGCUGGUGGGUAGAGACCAGUCCUCCGUGCAGCUGAGGACACCGGGUGGCCAUAUCCUGAACUUCACCAUCCUCCAGAUCUUCCCCUUCACUUACGAGAGCAAGCGCAUGGGGAUAAUCGUUCGGGAUGAAUCAACAGGAGAGAUCACAUUCUAUAUGAAGGGGGCUGAUGUUGUGAUGGCUGGGAUCGUGCAGUACAAUGACUGGCUGGAGGAGGAGUGUGGUAACAUGGCUCGGGAAGGCCUGAGGGUUCUUGUUGUAGCCAAGAAGUCUCUGACGGAAGAGCAGUAUCAAGACUUUGAAGCACGCUACGUCCAGGCGAAGCUCAGUGUGCAUGACCGCUCCUUGAAGGUAGCCACAGUCAUUGAGAGCCUGGAAAUGGAGAUGGAGCUGCUCUGCCUCACCGGCGUGGAGGAUCAGCUGCAGGCGGAUGUCAGACCCACUCUGGAGACACUGAGGAAUGCUGGCAUUAAGGUGUGGAUGCUGACAGGGGAUAAGUUGGAGACAGCCACGUGUACAGCCAAGAAUGCACAUUUGGUGACACGAACACAGGACAUCCAUAUAUUCAGGCUAGUGACUAACCGUGGAGAAGCCCAUCUCGAGCUGAAUGCCUUCCGCCGGAAGCACGACUGCGCUCUUGUUAUUUCUGGUGACUCGUUGGAGGUGUGUCUGAAAUACUAUGAGUAUGAGUUCAUGGAACUGGCUUGCCAGUGCCCUGCUGUCGUGUGCUGCAGAUGUGCUCCGACACAGAAGGCCCAGAUUGUGCGAUUGCUCCAGGAAAGGACUGGCAAGCUCACCUGUGCAGUAGGUGAUGGAGGGAAUGAUGUUAGCAUGAUUCAGGAGGCUGACUGUGGUGUUGGAGUUGAAGGAAAGGAAGGAAAACAGGCAUCGCUUGCAGCUGAUUUCUCUAUCACUCAGUUUAAACAUCUGGGUCGUUUACUAAUGGUGCAUGGAAGGAACAGUUACAAACGGUCUGCAGCUCUCAGUCAGUUUGUCAUCCACAGGAGCCUGUGCAUCAGUACAAUGCAGGCUGUUUUCUCAUCAGUGUUUUACUUUGCUUCAGUUCCUCUCUACCAAGGCUUUCUCAUCAUUGGGUACUCCACAAUUUACACGAUGUUUCCAGUGUUUUCUCUAGUCCUGGACAAGGAUGUUAAAUCAGAAGUUGCAAUGUUGUACCCAGAGCUCUACAAAGAUCUUCUUAAGGGACGACCAUUAUCAUACAAAACUUUUUUAAUAUGGGUCUUAAUAAGCAUCUAUCAAGGCAGCAUCAUCAUGUAUGGAGCACUCCUCCUCUUUGAAUCUGAAUUUGUCCAUAUUGUUGCCAUUUCCUUCACUUCCUUGAUUCUCACCGAGUUACUGAUGGUGGCGUUGACAAUCCAGACGUGGCACUGGCUCAUGAUAGUGGCUGAGCUGCUUAGUCUCUCCUGCUACAUAGCUUCUCUGGUCUUCCUACAUGAAUUUAUUGAUGUUUACUUCAUUGCAACUUUAUCGUUCUUGUGGAAAGUCACCGUCAUCACUCUGGUGAGCUGUCUUCCCCUCUACGUACUCAAGUACCUGAGACGAAGGUUUUCUCCCCCAAGCUACUCAAAGCUCACGUCUUAG